AUGAUCUGGUCUUUGCUUCAAACAGAUGAAAAGAAGGAGCUACUUCAGCUUGGCCAAACAGACAUUGGAACUCCAGAAUCUCAGCAAGCAUUGGUGGCCCAGGAUUUGGCGGUGCAGAUCGGUGCGGAAUCGGCAGCGGAUCCUCUUAGGAAAGCUUUGGUAGCGUCUGGCAGAAGGGUUUUGAAGGACAAAGAGAAAGUUGAGUCCACAUUGAACCUCAAGGUUGGCCGCCGAUUGUGGAGAAGCGUAGCUGUGCUGAAGCCUGGGGCUAAAAAGGGUGGAAGGCCGUCCAAGGUCAAUGAUCCCGAACUUAGACAAAAAGUUCGUGAAUUUCUUCUGUCCAAUUCCACGGUCACUGCGCACUUCAUGAGAGUCAAGCAUGAGAUGGUCAGUGUGCGGUCUCUUUGCCGCAGCAAGCGGAGACUGUGGAAGCUUAACGUGGACAUGCAGAAAGCCAUGUCUUUGUCCGUUUGGCUGCGGCACUUGAAAGUCCACCACCCACAGUUCCGGAAGUUCAAGAAAAAGGUAGAUAUGUGCCCUAUCUGCCACAAGUAUGACAAACUCGUUGCCCCAAAGAUUUCCAAGGGGGUGGAGCGGGCACUGCAUGGAGUGAAAGCAGUGCAGCCUUCGUACUUCGAGCCUAUGCGGGUUCACUGGGAAAACAUGCAAAAGAUUGGGCGAGCUGACCCGGAUGGUGAGGCUAGCUUGCAAUAUGUCAAGGGAGCACGGCAGUUCAUUGACAACGCUAUGGCAGCUAGAUUGAGGGAGCGAACGGCCAACAGAACUGCAGAGGAACUAGCCAAUCUUUUCCAGCUUCGAGAAGCCGAGCUGGUUGCUUUAACCCAGCUCAAGGACUUGUCCACUCUGGGAAUCUAUGUGCGGUACAACAGGGGCAGCGCACAGGUCCGGAGAUAUUUCCAUUACAUUUCGCAAAUUUUGGACCACACUGCUUUGCACGCCGCCACAGCGCUGCUUGAUAUUUGGAAGCGGCUGGCCCGUGACCCAGCCUAUAAGCAUGUGCAUAUUUGGACCGACUGCGGCCCGCACUACAGGGCCUAUGCCUUUGUUGGCGCAGGUAUUCAGCUGCUAAAGCAGUAUGGGCACUUGAGCAAUGUUUUCUUUCAUUAUUUUACCGAGCAUCAUGGUAAAGGCCGCAACGAUGGUCAAUUUGGCCUUCAGAGACGGUGGAUCCAAGACUACGCAAUGCGAAAGACCAUUUCGACAGUGGAGGAUUUGCUUGCGGCCUUGAAGGAAGGGGCAGCAGAGACAAUGCGCUCAGAUCCACCACCUGCGGGCCCAGAGUACAACAUCAACCACUUCCGACCAGAGUUCCCCAAGACAUUCUUGUACUUGGAUGCUGCCAGCGCCGACUUGAAGAUAGAAUAUACUUAUUGCGUUGGUUUGAAGCGAAUUAGCGGUCCUGCAUUCCAGGUUCGUUUGAAAAAUUUCAUCUAUUCUGACAGAUGUUUCCAAGCAGAACUGGGCAUUUCUGGUGGCACUGCUCGUUGCAUUGAGAAGGUGCCUGCUGCUGACGAUUGGCGUCUGUCAUAUCGGCAAGAAAAGCCUGAGACGGAUCCAUUGCCAGAGCCUCUACUUCAAAGGCGCCUCGAACACCAAAAACCUGCAAAGACUUUCCUGGCGAGCCGCAAGAGUGACACAGGCUCCAGGCUGCUGAAGCAAGAGCAGCAGCAAGCCCGGAAAAGAGCUAAGGACCGACGAGAACGAGUCAUUUUUUCUUGUCGUUCUUCCUCCAGCUCUGGCAGUGACAGUGAUUCCACAAAUGGUUCUGCUUGA